CACAUCUGGAUUUACAUCAGCUGAUCACAUCCCCGCUGGACUCUGAGCACCCGUGAACGUUCCCGUCUCUGCGGAACUCAAGUUUGCUUUAAUUGUUUGAGAGAGGUGAGACGGACCGGACGGGCCGGGACCUCACGGUGCGUGCGGAGCGGCGCCGCUGUUCAAACAUGCUGAACGACAUUAAGAUCGAGGACCGUCUGCGGACUGAUGCCAGCUCUCUGGAGGUUCUGCUGGGCGCUGACCGCCCCCCGCACGCCGUGUGUGCGGGCUGCACGCGGAUCAUCGCAGACCGCUUCCUCCUGCGGGUGAACGACGCGUCCUGGCACGAGGAGUGCCUGCAGUGCGCCGCGUGCCAGCAGCCGCUCACCGCCACCUGCUUCUCCAGAGACACCAAACUGUACUGCAGGGCCGACUACCACAAGUAAGACCGAGCUCUGCUCCGGCGGGCCCGCCGGGCCUUCAGUGUCUGUGGCGCUUGGUGGAAGGACAUUUCUCUAGCUGUUUAACAUGACACUUUGCUGAUGUCUGAGCCGUAAAGGCUCGUUGUUCAUACACAUUAGGCCUGUUACACAGCGGAGGUCGGCCGGUGUGUUCAGCCUGCUCGUUAUUAACAGAAACCGAACAAAAU